AUGGAAAAACAUAACACGCGAGGAAACGUGUGUGGCGAGGUUUCGUUUGCUUUGUUGCAGGGGUUCAUCUCGGUUUGGGCGAGGCUCCGAGGGAAACCUUGA